AUGCCACGAUGCGCGUCCCGACACGUCAAGCUUGUGGCCGAAGCUGAACAACUUGUCCUGCCCUUCCUCGCCCCGAGAGUCUUUCAGCCUUGGCCGAGGUCACCGCCGCAGUCCUCACCACCCUCGCACUCCCAAAGGAAGUCUUUCUCGACCACCUCCUGCGAACAUGCAAGGCAGUCCCGUUCGACCCGCCCAAAGUACGAGAGCGCUCGUAGUCUCCUCGUACAGCAAUGGUACGAGAGCGCCAUCGCUCCGCUAGAAGAAGAAGAGGGCCAGCAUGAUGAUCCAGAGCACGAGAAGAAUGACAAGGAUGAGAAGAAGACAACAGGAACUCCUGAAGAAAACAAGCGCAAAUUAAGCCGUGCCGAUGUUCAAAAGGCCUUCUUCCAGCACUGGUCUACUUCACAGGCCAUUGUCAAGACUCGCUGGACUGCCGCCAAGCGGCCCUCUAGCACAAGGAUAAAAUAUGCNCCCUUAGGCAGACCCAUACUCAAUGCCAAAGAGUUCAAGAAUCAGGAAGAGCUAGCGACAUUGCUGGGUGACCAGUGGCGGAGGAAAUGGAUGCAUGCUUUGCUCUGGACACUGGCCAACUCUGUCGACGACACUCUUCGCCUGCUGGAAAUCACCCACGUCUCCCCAUACAUGCCCGCUGCCUACGUUGCCGAUGCUCUGAGUUACAUUGUUGGCCAUUACCACAAGAAUUCUCUNCCUGACCAUACCCGCAAGCAUCUGGUGCAUGUUGCUUGUGUGAUUAUGGAGCGCCCGGGCACCUCUCCACUCCAGGUUAGCGGCAAUACCUUCCGCAAGUUUCUGCAAUUCUGCUCUCAGGACCAGGUACUGAAACUNUUUGAACAUAUCACUAUUAGCGGAACACUCUUGCAUUGGAACACCCGUCUACACUUUACUACUUAUCUAGCCCAUCAUGGACGAUUUGAUCAGGCGUUGGACACCCUGCUUGAUGCAGUGUCGGACGGAGCAGACGUCAGUUCUAAGCAGUUUGAAAGUUGCUGUGCCACCAUUCUCCGAAAGGCUGCCGAUCAACCUGACGGUCUACGUGUCAGUCUUCGUUUGGUUCAGAAUCUGUCCGACAUUGGCGUCAAGCUCAACGUCCAGCUGUGCAACAUUGUGAUGCUCAACGCCGUCGAAGCCGGUGACCUCAAGACGGCCNNUUUCAGUAUCUACCACUCACUUGUCGACAACAACCUCGAGGCCGAUGAGUAUACCCAUGCUAUUCUGCUCAAGGGCUGCAAGACUGUAAUCGAAGACUCGGAAACUCUCAACACCACCAUCCGUCAAGCCAUCGCUGAUGUCGAAGUACGGAAUCUCUAUGUCGUGGCGACCGAAAUCAUACACUGUUUAUACCUACACCACUUCCAGAUCGAUCCCGAGAAUGCUUUUUCGACAGUCUCCGAGGCCUACACGCAGCUCUUCGACACAUCCGAUCUCAUCAACCUUGGAAUCCUGCCCCAGAUAUACGCGAACAAGUCUUUGAAAAGGAAGAAGCCGACUUUACCCGUCAUGGGCAUCAUGAUCGGAGCAUACCUCCGAAAUACCGUCCAAACACAGAGCAGAAAUAUGGACCACAUACAUGACUUGUACCGACGAUGGCGCAAUCUCGCCGAGCAAAACAUAAGCCCCUAUGUCUUCUUGGCCCAACACGACCACACCUCCAACGCCUUCUUACUCGCCUUUGCCCAAGACUCCUCCGGACUCGCUUAUGCCGCCGAAGUCAUCCGCGACAUGCAGACACCCUUCACCCACGCGCGAUCGCAGAAGAAACCUACUGUGCGCUCGUGGUCAAUUUUCCUGCACGCAUUUGCCAAGCAUGGUAAAAUGGAGCUUGCAGAACAGGUGCUCAAGUACAUGCGAGAGCGCAAACAGACGCCCAACGAAGUCACUUGGAACUCUUUGCUGGGUGGCUAUGCAAGGCUCGGCAAAGCUAACGAGGCGGUCGAGACGUUUAGACGUAUGAGAGAUGAGGGGUUUGAGGCUGAUGAGGUGACGAAACGACAUCUCGGCAAAGUCAAUCUUGGUGCAGUGGACCGCAGUGUUUGGCAAGGUUCUAGCAAGGUUUCACAAGAGGUGCAUGCAGACAAGCAAGAAGAACAACCAGAGAUAACUCAAGGGCAANNAGAAGAGUCAAAUCCACAGAGUGAGGAUGACAAGGCUGCUGCUGACAGCACGAAUGAGCUUGUCAAUGGCGUGCAUGCAAUGAGUGUAUGGCAUGACCCAGACUUGUAG